UUCCGCAGCGAUGGGAUCUUGGCUCUGUGGAAGGACCCUCUGGUAUGUGUGUCCCUGUCUUUCCGAGGCGUGGAUGGUGCCUGGGACCCAGCCAGCAGCCAGUUGAAGACAUUUUCCUUGGAAGCUCUUAGACCCGAGGGUGCUGGUCCUGCCAUGGCGUUCCGGAGGACCGAGGGCAUGUCCAUGAUCCAGGCGCUGGCCAUGACGGUGGCCGAGAUCCCUGUGUUCCUGUACACGACCUUUGGGCAGUCUGCCUUCUCCCAGCUGCGGCUGACACCGGGCCUGCGGAAGGUCCUUUUUGCCACAGCCCUGGGCACGGUGGCCCUGGCCCUGGCCGCCCAUCAGCUGAAGAGGCGACGGCGGAGGAAGAAGCAGGUCGGCCCUGAGAUGGGAGGUGCAUAUCUGGGCACGGUGCCCCUCCCCAUCCUCAUGGCCAGGAAGGUCCCAUCGGUGAAGAAAGGCUACUCCAGCCGGAGGAUGCAGAGCCCCAGUAGCAAGAGCAACGACACUCUGAGUGGCAUCUCCUCCAUCGAGCCCAGCAAGCACUCAGGCUCCUCCCACAGCUUGGCUUCGAUGGUAGCAGUGAACUCAUCCAGCCCCACGGCUGCAUGCUCGGGACCAUGGGACACCAGAGGGAUGGAAGAGUCUGUGACUACCAGUGAUGGCAACGCGGAGAGUCUCUACAUGCAAGGCAUGGAGCUGUUCGAGGAGGCUCUACAGAAGUGGGAGCAGGCGCUGAGCGUGGGGCAGCGAGGGGACAGCAGUACCCCCACACCAGGGGACAGCCUGCGGAACCCCGAGACUGCUUCGGAGGUACUGUCUGAGCCAGAGUCACAGCGAAGGGAGUUUGCAGAGAAGCUGGAGUCCCUGCUGCACCGGGCUUACCACCUGCAAGAGGAGUUUGGGUCCACCUUCCCGGCCGACAGCAUGCUGCUGGACCUUGAGAGGACCCUCAUGUUGCCCCUGACCGAGGGCUCCCUGCGUCUACGGGCGGACGAUGAGGACAGCCUGACCUCCGAGGAUUCCUUCUUCUCUGCUACCGAGCUCUUUGAGUCCCUGCAGGCAGGAGAUGACCUGAUCCCACUCUCCAGGCCGGCUGCCGCUUAUGAGGAGGCCCUACAGCUGGUGAAGGAGGGGAAAGUGCCCUGCCGGACCCUCAGGACUGAGCUGCUGGGCUGCUACAGUGACCAGGACUUUCUGGCCAAGCUGCAUUGUGUGCGGCAAGCCUUUGAGGGUCUUCUAGAAGACAAGAGUAACCAGCUUUUCUUUGGAGAGGUUGGCCGGCAGAUGGUGACGGGCCUGAUGACCAAAGCUGAGAAGAGCCCCAAAGGCUUCCUGGAGAGUUACGAGGAGAUGAUGGUCUAUGCCCUGCGGCCCGAGACCUGGGCCACCACACGGCUGGAGCUGGAGGGCCGUGGGGUGGUGUGCAUGAGCUUCUUCGAUAUUGUGCUGGACUUCAUACUUAUGGACGCCUUCGAGGACCUGGAGAACCCUCCAUCCUCGGUGCUCGCCGUCCUGAGGAACCGCUGGCUGUCAGACAGCUUCAAGGAGACGGCUCUAGCCACUGCUUGCUGGUCAGUCUUGAAAGCCAAGAGGAGACUGCUGAUGGUGCCCGAUGGCUUCAUCUCCCAUUUCUACUCCGUAUCGGAGCACGUUAGCCCCGUCCUAGCCUUCGGCUUCCUCGGACCCAAGCCCCAGCUCUCGGAAGUCUGUGCUUUCUUCAAGCACCAGAUUGUGCAGUACCUGAGGGACAUGUUCGACCUGGACAACGUGCGCUACACCUCCGUGCCGGCCCUGGCAGACGACAUCCUGCAGCUGUCCCGGCGCCGCAGCGAAAUCCUGCUUGGCUACUUGGGGGCGCCAGUGGCCAGCAGUGUGGGCCUCAACGGGGCACUGCCCCGAGAGAACGGGCCCCUGGAGGAGAUGCAGUAGCGGCGGGUACAGGCUUGGGGAAGGGGGCUGCCUGGGCCUCGUCUGCCUGGGCGAUGGCCAUGAGAAGGUCUUCUCCUCCCCUCCUUUGGGUUGGCAUUGAAGGGCCUGGGGAUCCAUGGCCAUCAGCAAGAGCAGAGUCUGGGCCUGGGUGGCCAAGGGUGAUUGCCCCUGACCUUGUCCCUCCGCAUCAUUUGGGAAUCCCUGCCAACUGCCUUGGAGAGGGUUGGAGCCCCUGGGAGCCCACCUGACUGCCCUCAGCUAUCCCUGGGGGAAGUGGCGGCUGGACC